AGUAAUUGUCUACGACGCCGACGACCCAACCAAACCGAACUCAUUCACAGCUCAAAUUUUCUGGUUCGACUUUUCUUUUUCCUUUUGCUCGCAGAGACGUGACCAGACUCCACCGACCGUUCCCUUCUCUCUCUCUCUGGGAUUCUCUGCUUCGGACUGUUGUGGCUGAGGGAGAGAGAAUGUCUGGAGGUGGUACUCAGAAUAGUAUACGGAAGGCACUUGGUGCCCUCAAAGACACAACGACUGUUUCAUUGGCUAAAGUUAAUAGUGAUUACAAGGAAUUGGAUAUUGCUAUAGUGAAGGCUACAAAUCACUAUGAGCGCCCUGCAAGAGAAAAACACAUUAGAGCUAUUUUUGCUGCUAUUUCAGCUACUAGACCUCGUGCUGAUGUGGCCUAUUGCAUCCAUGCACUUGCCAGACGGUUAUCAAAGACACAUAAUUGGGCGGUUGCAUUGAAAACAAUGAUUGUAAUUCAUCGUGCUCUGAGGGAAGUGGACCCCACAUUCCAUGAAGAGAUCAUUAACUACGGAAGAAGCAGAAGUCACAUACUUAAUAUGGCUCAUUUCAAGGAUGAUUCUGGCCCUAAUGCAUGGGAUUAUUCUGCCUGGGUUCGUACAUAUGCCCUAUUUUUGGAGGAAAGGCUGGAAUGCUUUCGUGUGUUGAAGUAUGAUGUUGAGAUGGACCGGCCAAGAACCAAAGAUCUGGAUACUGCUGAACUUCUGGAGCAUUUACCAGCUUUGCAACAGCUCCUUUUCCGUGUUCUUGGUUGUCAGCCGCAAGGGGCAGCAGUAAAUAACAUUGUUAUUCAGUUAGCGUUGUCAAUGGUUGCUUCUGAAAGCAUCAAAAUCUAUCAAGCCAUAAGUGAUGGCACAAUUAAUUUGGUUGACAAGUUCUUUGAGAUGCAACGCAAUGAUGCUAUGAGGGCACUGGAUAUAUACAGGAGGGCUGGACAGCAGGCUGAGAGACUGUCGGAAUUUUAUGAAAUAUGUAAGAAUUUUGAUGUUGGACGUGGGGAAAGAUUUAUUAAGAUUGAGCAGCCCCCUGCAUCAUUCUUACAAGCCAUGGAAGAGUAUGUAAGAGAAGCUCCACGGAUGUCAACUGCUCGUAAGGGUCAGGUUGUCGACAAUAAAAUUUCUUCACCCAAGGAAGUCUUGGCUAUAGAGUACAAAAAGGUCCCAGAGGUGCAGGAGGAACAUCCACCAUCACCACCACCUCCUGAGCCGGUGAAAGUAGAAGCUCCUGCUCCUGCUCCUGUUGCUGAACCAACUGAUUUGUUGAGCUUGGAUGAUCCAGCUCCUGUUGCUGCAUCAGAAUUAGAUGAGAAAAAUGCCUGGGCUCUGGCUAUUGUUCCAGCUGAUCAACCAACCAAUGCUCCUUUGGUCCAAGCAAAUGGAACUACAGGCUGGGAAUUGGCACUGGUUACUGCUCCAAGCUCCAAUGAUGGUGCCGCUGCAGCCAGCAAAUUGGCUGGAGGCUUAGACAAGCUUACGCUGGAUAGCCUCUACGACGAUGCAAUCAGAAGAACAAACCAACAUACCACGAGCUACAGUCCCUGGGAGCCAGCGCCAAUGGCCGGUCUACCGAUGCAACAAACUGCACACGAUCCUUUCUAUGCCUCCAACACAGUAGCCGCGCCACCAUCUGUUCAGAUGGCAAUGAUGUCUAACCAGCAACAGGGUUUCAUGAUGCAACAACAGUCCCAGAUGAUGAUGAUGGGUCCGCAACAACAGCUGCCCGUAAAUCCGUUUGGUAAUCCAUAUGGACCCGGUAUGUACCCUCACGGUGCAGGUAUGCCCGUUCAAGCCUACAAUCCCUAUACUGGGCUCAUGUAGAUGAUUUUUUUUGCCAUGACCGCUUCUUUUUUCCGACAAAAAAAGAAAAGAAAUGGGAGAACCAUCAGUUGGACUCGGCUUUGCGGAUUUGAAGACCAGACAGACAAUUGUGUAUCAUAUCUUUGUGUAUGUGCAGGAUACAGCUAGAGAAGGAGAUUCUUUAUCAAAUAAUUAGCAAAGAAGGCAGGGAUUGUUGAUUUUGUUGAGGUUGUGGAUAUUUAUGUUAUUUUUUCGAACCUGCUCGUUUGUUGAUGAUGGUUAAGCAGGAACUUCAUACGUUGCCACUCAUGUAUUCAGAUAAUAUAAAGUUGUUUUAAUCUUCUGUUAUUGCAUUUUUCUCAUUUAUGGAAUCAACA